GGCGAAGAGCCACACCAGUGGGGCGAAGUUGCGAAAGAAAAAAAAAAAUGGCCGGUGGCACAGCACGAUCACAACCCCACCAACGAAAACCACCACCAUCACUAAUCGCAGCACAACACCGUGAAAUCCAAGGCCUUCUUCUCGACCAAAAAGAAAUGGUUGCAAUCCACGCUGCACUCAAGCAAGAACUUCUCGCCGUUGAUCACGAAUUGCGCGAACUCUCCGCCACCGCACGCAAAUUCAGGGAGGAAAGAGACUCUCAAAUUAAGGAACUUUACGAUAAGUCUGUCAAAGUUGAGGCUGAGGUUUGCGCAAUUGAAGCCCUUCAUUCUGAACAUGCGCAAGUUGUUACUGAUAUUCAGAAGUUGACUGAGAGUAAAAUUCAGCUUGUUGCUCAUUUUAAUAAGCUUGAGUCUGAGUUGAAUCGGGUUAAGGAGGAUUCUUCUCAAGUGGGUGUUAUUAAGACUGAUGUUGAGAAGAUGAAGGAAGAAAUUCAGAAAGGAAGAGCUGCAGUAGAAUGUGAAAAGAAGACACGGGCAGCUAACAUUGAACAAAGUCUAGCAAUGGAGAAACAUAUGAAGUCACUGCAACGUGAAAUCGAGAUGCUACAUGCUGAGCUUGCGAAUGCUGAGAAACGAGCAAGGGCUGCUGCUGCUGCUUCAAAUCCAAGUCCUGGAUACAUGGGAAACUACGGAAGUCGUGGUAUGUCAUAUGGAGGAGGUCCUUAUUCUGUUCAGUAUUCCAUGCAUGAGGGACAAUUGACUGCUGAUAGUGCUUCCCCAGCUCUAUAUGUGCAUCGAGCAGGUAAUCAUAGCCAAUUUGACUCCCAACAGCCUCAUUUGCCAAAAGGAUGAGCUCUAUAUCGUGACUUUCCUUCUUGGUGGCUUAAAGUGUAAAUGGAUGCUUUAACUGUAGAACAUGACCUUGCAAUCAGAUUUUGGCUGAAACCAGAAACAGUCUGGGGAUAUAGUAAGUAAAUAGUCACUUUAUCGAUUUGGGAUUAGAACAAGUAUUUGCACCAACGCUGGAGCUGCCUCCUUUUUUUGGUUUACUCGUAGAUUGGAUCAGGUUCGACUAGAGUUGUUCUACGGGAAAAGAACAAACAUUUGCACCAAAACUUUAUUGUACCUUCUUGUCACUGAUAAGGCAACUAAAAAUGUCGUUGUGCAUGAGUUAGUUCGUUUUAUUUGCUGUUAUAUGGUAUAAUACAUGGAUUUAGUGUUGUUAUAAGUUGAGUGGAUGUAUGAUAUAGUUUGAGAUUUGUAUCUAUCAUUGGAUCUCUUACCUUGACAAUACAGCUAGAUCAAGUCACAAGAUUGCGAGUGUAACUGGCUUCUCACGAAGUCGUGUGUCUCUACUGGGCAAAUUGUUGUUGUUGGCUUUUCUAUCAAUGGCACAUUCUAAAACGAUUGCUCCA